GAGGAGGGUGGGCGAAGCCGGCUGAUUCGCUCAGCCAGCUAUAAAUCGCUAGUUUCGGGAAAGUCAUACGGGUCGGCUGGACGAAACUGGCGUAGCUGGGCGUAUGGAACAGGCUCUAGGUGAGGCCAAGGCAGCGGAGGUUGCAGACGGUGCAGGCAUGUUGGUUGGCGAUGAUCGAGGACUCGCAGACCCGCGCGACAGGCGACGACACACUCCAGGCAGCCCCAAGCAGCCCGGCAUCCACCUAUCCCACGCCCUGCGCUGCGCCUUUAUUCACGCUGCAUUCCCACGCAAAAGCCUGAGAUCUUAAACUCUAUUCGAUCUCUGCCUCCGCCUCGUGCCAGGUCACCCUUUCGUGCGCUGUCGUAGUCCUGCGCCCUGCGCCUGCUUCACUUUACCAUUUCUA